AAAAAUCAAAACCGUGCGUGGCCGCCACCUUUUUGCUCGCUACAAAUACAUGGCCGGCUCCUCGUCUGGAAGCAUCAAGCAACAACCAGCCAGCCAGCCCAUCUCAUCCCAUCUCACUCGAUCACCGCACUCUUUGUGCUGAGCCGUUUCUGCACAAGAGAUCAUGGCGAAGAUGUCGUCGACGGCCACCGUCACCCGCGCCCACCUCGAGAACAAGCUCGCCCUCGCCAAACGCUGCUCCAGAGAGGCGACGCUCGCCGGAGCAAAGGCGGCGGCCAUCGCCACCGUCGCGUCUGCGGUCCCAACGCUGGCGAGCGUGAGGAUGCUGCCGUGGGCCAAGGCGCACCUGAACCCCACCGGCCAGGCCCUCGUCGUCUGCACCGUCGCCGGGAUGGCAUACUUCGUCGCGGCAGACAAGGCCAUCCUGUCGCUGGCGAGGAGGCACUCGUACGAGAGCGCCCCCGACCACCUCAAGGACACCUCCUUCGCUGGCGCCGCCGCCGCCGCUCGUCCCCGUCCGCCGGCAUUCUUCAGGCCUUGAUCUAGCGUCCUGCUAAUGUAUGAUACGCACGCUUGUGCCCUUGUGCGUAUUCUAGAGAACAUGUGCUUUACAUCCGUGUACUGAAUAAAACUGAGGGCUCGAUAUCCUGGUUUCCGA